AAUGCAUACUUCUACUUCUAUUACUAAUAAACACUAAUCCUUCAAGAGAGUAAAAGAAAGACUUGUUUGUGAGGCAAUUGAGAAAGUUGAGAGAUGGAGAUUAAUGUUUACUGAAGGAUUAUAAACUAAUAAUGGUGAAAUAAUCAAAGUCACCUUAAAUUAAGCUGCCGAAAUAGUUGGAAUUCCCAAAAAAACUCUUGAGGAUUAUACGCAACUAUUUAAAAAAGUGAAAUUACUUACGGCAGAUAUAAAGCAAUUUUCUAACGAAAAAAUGGGAUUUCUAAGAAGCUAUUUGAGAAAGAAUCAAAAUAAACUUAAAAAGAAACUUAAAGAAAUGAGGCUUAAAGAAAUUGAAGCCUAAAGAAAGACUUAAGAAAUCAUUUAAGAGUAAAAUUAAUUACUUAAAUAAAAAUUACAUGAUGACCCUGAAACCACAGAUAUUUGUGGAUCUAAUUAAGAAUCAUCAAAUCUUAUGAUAAUAUGUGAUGAUCAAAAUUAUAUUGAUACUGAAAGAUAAUUUAUACAAGUAUUUUCAAUUUUUUUAUAUUUAUUAGGAAGAAGAAGAUUUAAAUUUUUAAGAUUUUGAAAGCCACCAAUAUUAUUUUAACAGAGUGGGCAAUUUCUAAUAAGAAGAAGAUAUUGACAAUUAUUUCCAAUCAACUUAAUGAU